GUCGAUGCCGGACCACAGCCUGACUCUGCUGUGGUCCUUCUCCGUCAGCGUUAAGGACUUCGGAGCCCUGCUGGGAUCCCUGGGGGUCAAAUGCCUGGCGGACUCUUACGGCAGGCGUAACUCCAUCCUGAUAGUGAACUGUCUGUCUGUGGUGGGAGCCUGUCUGAUGUUCGCCUCCAAGGCCAGCGAGUCCUUCGAGGUUCUGAUCGUGGGCCGGCUGGUGUUCGGGCUGUUCUGCGGUCUGGUCAUGAGCCUCAAUCCCCUCUACAUUCAGGAAGUGUCGCCCACCGACCUGAGAGGAGCCUUCGCUACUCUCAACCAGGUGUCCUUCGCCUCGGGCAUACUCGUGGGAAUGGUGGCCGGCCUGGAGACAGCGCUGGGUACGGAGCACUACUGGGCCAUGAUGCUGUCCCUGUCCCUCAUCCCAGCCCUGAUACAGUACCUGGUCCUGCCUCUCUGCCCCGAGAGCCCUCGCUACCUGCUCAUCAACCGGGGCAAAGAGAAGGAGGCAGAGGCUGCCCUGCUGAGACUGAGAGGGAACCCGGACAAAGUGUUCACUGAGCUGGAGGAGAUGAAGGAGGAGGCGGCUCACACUCACACCGGUGUCACCAUCCACGAGUUCUUCAAGAGACGCAGCUACAGGCAGCCGAUUAUUCUGGUCCUCAUCAUCAACCUGGGCAGCCAGCUGUCCGGAUUCAAUGCGAUCAUCAAUUAUUCCACCAGAAUGUUCCAGGCCAGGUUUGACGAGGCCAAAUACCUGACUCUGGGUGUGGGAGCUGUCAAUGUGACCUUCACUCUGGUGGCAUUUUUCCUGAUGGAAAGGGCAGGAAGGAGGAGAUUGCUCCUGACUGGGUUCAUAUCCAUCGCCGUGUGCAACUUGCUCAUGACCAUCGUAGAUUCUGUCCUGCACCUGGUCCCAGAGCUGCGGAGCCUCCAGGUCCUCGUGGUUUUCUGCCUGAUCUCAGCCUAUGAGCUGGGCCCCGGUCCCAUCUCCUGGUUCAUUGCUGCCGAGCUGUUCGACCAGUCUGGCAGACCCAUUGCCAUGGCCUUCACCAGCAUGCUCAACUGGGGAGGGAAGUUUGUCCUGGCGCUGCUCUUUCCUCCAUUACUGGUGGAAACAGUAGAAAUUAAUUUAACGGCUAACCUGGGAAACAUCUGCAGAGACGAAGGCCAACCUAAGGCUGAAGCAAAGGAACCAAAUCAGCUUGGUAGAUACAAGAAAGCGUGCGGCGCCUUCGUCUACCUCCUCUUCAUGACCGUGGCUCUGCUCGCCUUCACCUUCACCUGGAUACGCCUUCCCGAGACCAAAGGGCGCACCUUCGACGACAUCGCAGAGGAGUUCAGGGGAGCCGAGGGCAUUCCCUUGCACAAUAAGACUGGAUUCAACACUUUCACCUGAGCGCACAUGAAGUCAAAGUGCAGGCUGUCUCAGAGAAGCCGUGGUGGCAAGAUCGCUUCACUGGAUUUAGUGUGCCUGCAAAUUUCUGAUGAUAAGAACUGCUUGAUGAAUGUUUUGAGGCAUUUUGGGACCCUUUUGUUUUUAUUUUGUAUAGAUAUUGAACUUUCUGUAUUUGACAAACCACUGUGAAUGUUAACGUGAAUGAAUAAGAUCAAGUUUUA